AUUUUGCAAUACCUACAAAUUCAUAUCAUGCCUCCGAAAGAAAAUUGGGAAAAAUAUGAUAAGCCUGUCGAGGAAAAAGAAGAAGAAAAGAUUGUUGCUCUUGACGAAGGUGACAUUGCAUUACUUAAAACUUACGGUCAAGGGCCUUAUGCCAAAGAGUUAAAAAAGAUCGACAUAGAUAUAAAAGAUAUACAAAAGCGUAUAAAUGAAAAGAUUGGUGUUAAAGAAUCGGAUACUGGACUUGCUCCGCCAAAUCUUUGGGAUAUCCCUGCAGACAAACAGAGGAUGCAAGAGGAACAACCUUUACAAGUAGCACGAUGCACUAAAAUAAUUCAAGAUGGUGAAAGCGAAGAUGCUAAAUACAUUAUCAAUGUAAAACAAAUUGCAAAAUUUGUCGUCGCGUUAGGAGAACGGGUUUCCCCAACUGAUAUUGAAGAGGGAAUGCGUGUCGGGUAUAAUACUGAUACUUUUUCGUAUACAAAUAUCUUUUUGAUCUCCCAACAAUUUAGUGUUGACCGCAAUAAAUAUCAAAUUCAAAUUCCGUUGCCUCCAAAAAUUGACCCAUCUGUGACUAUGAUGCAAGUUGAAGAAAAACCAGAUGUCACUUAUAGCGAUGUUGGCGGUUGUAAAGAACAAAUUGAAAAACUUAGAGAAGUAGUUGAACUACCACUGCUUCAGCCCGAACGCUUUGUCAGUUUAGGUAUUGAUCCUCCAAAAGGUGUAUUAUUAUAUGGUCCUCCUGGUACUGGGAAAACACUUUGUGCUCGUGCCGUGGCUAAUCGUACAGAUGCCACGUUUAUUCGCGUUAUCGGUUCCGAACUUGUUCAGAAAUAUGUUGGUGAAGGUGCACGAAUGGUUCGUGAAUUAUUUGAAAUGGCACGUACAAAAAAGGCUUGUAUCAUUUUUUUCGAUGAAAUUGACGCCAUUGGAGGUGCACGCUAUGAUGAUGGUGCCGGAGGUGAUAAUGAGGUUCAAAGGACAAUGUUAGAAUUGAUUAAUCAAUUAGAUGGUUUUGACCCACGAGGAAACAUUAAGGUUUUGAUGGCUACGAACAGACCUGAUACUUUAGAUCCAGCACUUUUACGUCCAGGUCGUUUAGAUCGUAAAGUCGAAUUUUCUCUACCAGAUUUAGAGGGUCGUUCGCAUAUUUUGAAAAUUCAUGCCAAAAGUAUGUCUGUUGAACGUGAUAUUCGAUACGAGUUGAUUGCACGUCUUUGCCCAAAUAGUACUGGUGCUGAGCUACGUAGCGUGUGCACUGAAGCGGGGAUGUUUGCAAUUCGAUCAAGAAGAAAGGUUGCUACUGAAAAAGAUUUCUUGGAAGCUGUUAAUAAAGUCAUUAAGGUUUAUAUUAUUAUCUAUUAA